AUGUCGGCCAAGAAGGAUAUGCGCAGGGAGGACCUGAUCAUCCCCUACCAGCAGCCAGCCCCGAAGGAGGGUAGCUUGGGAGAUAUCGGGAGCACUCUGAGCAGCACGGUGCCAAUGGCUGCCAUGUUCACCAGGAACAAGUACAUUGGAUGGGCCUCCGUCGUCAUUGCACUUCAGAAUUGGCUCUCAGAGAACCCAGACACCAAGGCUGCUGCAUCGCAACCAGCGUAUAUGGGCGUCGGAAUGUCCUGUAAGUUUUACUGAAACAAGACCACUGUCUUAUAACUAACCGUGUGCCUCUCCCAUCCAGUCUUGUCGCUUAUCAUCACCUACCUCCCAAUGUUCCUCCCUCCCCCACCAACCUCAGGAGCAUCAACACCCCCUCCCUCGUCGUAAGCCACGCGGCGGAACGACACGACGCUUGAGACGGCGGACGUACGAGCAUAAUCAUGUACUUUACUGCAUAUAUAUUUUACCCACCCCCUUUUUGGAGAGAGAUACAGCGGGCGGAUCUACCAAUACAAUUACCGGGCCACUGUUGGGCGUCUCUGUGAUACCGCCACGGAGAUAGUAUGGGUUGUCUCUUGCUGGCUGCUACUGUAGGUGGAGCGGAACGGAAGUUUGUACGACAAGGAGAGAGACAUUGGGGAUUAUUGGGCGGGCUGGAGGUGGAUGGCUUGAAUCGGGUUCAGUGGGCGGACAUCAAAAGCUAGCUUCAGGAUUAUAUUAUGAGCAUUACUUCAG